AUGAUUGCACAAGACGAUUUCAAUGCCGCCAAGACCACAGUGGUGGUAGUGACCGGGGUCAACCUGACCACCUAUACUACGUCUACACUGGACUGGUUGGUUAUCUCGGAGGCCAACAUAUACACCAUUAUUGUAGCCGCCGCACUGUGGUUGAUAGCCUGUAUAGUGCUCUUUGUUGGAAUUGGGGUGAGAAACCGCUGGUGUUUUAUUCCUUGGCUGAUAAUGAUGGCGUUGCUGUCCUUGUACUAUCUUGUCAUCAUCAUUCUUCUGCUGGUCUUCACUGUGACCUAUCUGUAUUGGUGGGUAGUUUACUGGUUGGUAGUUGUCCUUGCUCUGGGCUUGAUGGCUCUUGAUAUCUACAGCAUAGUGUGUGUUGGAUUCUACUUCACCCAGCUUGCAAGAAGAGAAGCGAAAAAGAAGAAGCUUCCCAUCCACCUCUCCGACCUGAUCGACUCCCGGAACUCCCCUGUCUACAUCUACCCCCAGAGCUCCCACCCGGGCGGGCACUCUCUCAGGGGACCCGUGUACGUCUACACCGACUUCCCCAGGGGUGGCACCCUACCCAUACGCAACGGGGGCUACCCGCCGUACCGAAACUUCUCCAAGAGCCGAGACUACGAUGGCAGACGAUACUGAGAGGAUAAUUGACUUGAAUAUGGACUUAUGUAAACAUUUGAUAAAACUGUGUAGCGCAUUAGAAUUUCCGGAGGGAGCGCAGACGAUAAUUGGUUGGAAUUUGAACUAAAUUAAUUGAUAAAAAAAAAAUUCGCUCUGCGGAUAACACAACAGGCGAUAAUGAAAUGUUUGGGGAAUAGAAUACGGUGAAGAGGAAAUGUAAUUUUUUUCCUUCGCAAAAUAUUGAAAAAAAUUAAAGCAGGCGAUAGAAAAAUGUAGUUGCAUCUUAGGACAAAGUUGAAUUUAUGAGAAAAAAAGAAUGAAAUCAUGUUGUUGUGAGUCGGUGAAAUAAGAUUACUCAGAUCCUGGGAUUAAAAAGGACAACACAAGAGCGAGAGAGAGAGAGAGAGGGGAAUAGCCGGAGAGAGAGAGAGAGAGAGUGAGAGAGAGAGAGAGAGAGCAAGGAGAAAAAAGACCGGAGAGCUGAUAUCACAUGCGAUGUAUAAUGAGAAAUAUUGGACAAUUCUGAUAGUGCUGUUCGCCAUUCUAGGAAGAAAAAAUAUAUAUCCUUACGCUGUGUGCUAUAAUAGUCAGUGAUGACGAAUAAUGGUAUUUUCCCGUAUAAAUGGAUUGUUUGAGAGUGCUUUACAAAUAAUGAUAACAUAUUUUUAAGUAUUAAAAUUAUUAAACAAAAAAAUUAAAAACUAACAUUUAAUCGUUCGUGAAACAAAACAAAAGACAGAUAUUUGGUUUCUUGGUUUCUUAGCAAAUUCAAAUUAAAAAAAAUAUUGUAAUGUUUCACGUUUUUUAAUACUCAGGGUUUAUAUGUUUUAGUACUACAUGUAGUAAUGUGUGGAUUUUGUUAUUUUUUAUUUUAUUAUUAUUAUUAUUUUUAUAAGAUGUUCAUUGUACUGUCGCCCAUCUUGGAGUUUCGUUUCAAAAAUGUGACCGGUUGUAAUUCGCUAUAAAGAUGUGAGCAGCAUAAUAUACACCAUCUUUAAUCACACUGUUGUGCUUUAAUGAAAUAAUAUAAUAUAGAAAUUGGAAAUUAUUUGAGUUUGUUUGCUUCAUUCAAAUGGACUUCCAUUAAUAGCUUUACUAAUGAUAAUAUUUUGUAUGUUGGAGCAGAAA